UACACUCGAUCCCUCCGAUGUCAACAACUACAGACCAGUAUCCCUUCUCUCUUUUCUCUCCAAAACUCUUGAGCGUGCCGUCCUUGGCCAGCUCUACCGCUAUCUCUCUCAGAAUGACCUUCUUGAUCCAAAUCAGUCAGGUUUCAAGACUAGUCAUUCAACUGAGACUGCUCUUCUCUGUAUCACGGAGGCGCUCCGCACUGCUAAAGCUAACUCUCUCUCCCUCUGCUCUCAUCCUUCUAGACCUAUCGGCUGCCUUCGAUACUGUGAACCAUCAGAUCCUCCUCUCCACCCUCUCCGAGUUGGGCAUCUCCGGCGCGGCCCACGCUUGGAUUGCGUCCUACCUGACAGGUCGCUCCUACCAGGUGGCGAAUCGCAUCUCUGCAUGUCUGGCAGACAUAUCAGUGUGGAUGACGGAUCACCACCUCAAGCUGAACCUCAGCAAGACGGAGCUCCUCCUCCUCCCGGGGAAGGACUGCCCGUUCCAUGAUCUCGCCAUCACGGUUGACAACUCCAUUGUGUCCUCCUCCCAGAGCGCUAAGAACCUUGGCGUGAUCCUGGACAACACCCUGACGUUCUCAACUAACAUCAAGGCGGUGUCCCGUUCCUGUAGGUUCAUGCUCUACAACAUCCGCAAAGUACGACCCUGCCUCACACAGGAAGCGGCGCAGGUCCUAAUCCAGGCACUUGUCAUCUCCCGUCUUGAUUACUGCAACUCGCUGUUGGCUGGGCUCCCUGCCUGUGCCAUUAAACCCCUACAACUCAUCCAGAACGCCGCAGCCCGUCUGGUGUUCAACCUUCCCAAGUUCUCUCACGUCACCCCGCUCCUCCGCUCUCUCCACUGGCUUCCAGUUGAAGCUCGCAUCCGCUACAAGACCAUGGUGCUCGCCUACGGAGCUGUGAGGGGAACGGCACCUCAGUACCUCCAGGCUCUGAUCAGGCCCUACACCCAAACAAGGACACUGCGUUCAUCCACCUCUGGCCUGCUCGCCUCCCUACCACUGAGGAAGUACAGUUCCCGCUCAGCCCAGUCAAAACUGUUCGCUGCUCUGAGCGAAGUGCGAAUGGACCGCUCGCUCAGGAACCGGAAACAGUAG